UACAAACUCAAAAAGCAAAGAAAGAACACGUAACACGUAAGUGUGUUCUCCUACAGUAGCUUUUCCUCCUCUUUUUUAAAGUCAAAAGCUUACCAACUAAUUUCAGAUCCUUGCUCGCACAGCAAGCAAUGGCUCACUGCAACUCUGUGAUGGGUUCCUUCUUCUUCUUCGUCAUCAGCUUCUUUGUAACACUAGUGACUCAUGCCGAAGCUCAGAUGGUUCCGGCGGUGUUCGUGUUCGGAGACUCACUGGUGGAUGUGGGCAACAACAAUCACAUUAAGUCACUCACAAAGGCUAACUUCCCCCAUAACGGCAUCGAUUUUCCAGGCCAAAAGCCUACCGGCAGGUUCACUAAUGGCAAGAAUGCAGCAGACUUCCUUGCUGAGAAACUGGGAUUGCCAACUUCACCACCGUAUCUCUCACUCGUUUCGGCAUCAAACAAGAGCAAUGCAUUCCUUGGCGGCGUAAGCUUCGCUUCAGGAGGAGCCGGCAUUAUGGAUGCCACCAAUAAACUUUUCGUAUCACUAUCUAUCGAUCAACAAAUAGAUUACUACGCGACGGUGUAUGGAGAAUUGGUGCAACAGCUUGGAAGCGUUGGAACGCAGCAACUUUUGUCGAAGUCAAUGUUUGGGGUGGUGAUUGGUAGCAAUGACAUGCUGGGUUACUUUGGACCAAAGUCCACUCUCCGUCAAAAGAUCACUCCCCAGCAGCUGGUAGACUUGAUGCUUUCUACCCUACGAGGCCAGUUAACGCGAAUAUACAAUCUUGGUGCACGUAAGUUCGUUAUGAUCGGCGUGGGAGCGAUCGGGUGUUGUCCAUCACAGAGAAAUCAAAACAAAACACAGGCAUGCAAUGAAGAAGCAAACUACUGGUCUCAUACCUACAAUGAAGGCAUCAAGGCAUUGCUCCUAGGGAUGAAAUCAAAGUACACUGACAUUAACUAUUCCUUCUUUGAUACACAUGCUAUGUUGCUCAACUUCAUCCAAGAUCCAGUUAAAUAUGGUACAACAAUAUAUUUAUCCUUAUUUAUCAUUAAUCUUUCUAAUGUGCGAGCUUCUGACACAACAAUUAAGUUGUACUAUUACAACAUGUUGGUCAUAAGUUCAAAACUUGAAAACAACCUCUUCUUUGAUGCAGGGGCAAGAGAUUGUAGAAAGCAAUACUCAUCAGCUUCAAAUAUUCAUAAAAACCAUGAUGGUUGUCCUAGAAAGGAUUUGAAAGAAAAUGCUUCAUACAUAACCACGGAAGAGGAUGUACAUGUAGGAAGGCCUAAAAGGGACUUAAGUGCAAUCUGCGGCUUGGAUUAG